GAAAAUCAGAAAAUCGGAAUUUUUGGAAUUCAGAAUUAAAGAUAUUUGUUCCGGGGUCACAAAAUUUCGGAUUGUAAUCGAGAAAUACUGAAAGUACAUUUUCCUCAUUUCAAAAUCGUCGAAUAUCCGGACCUAACGACAAUCUAAUGCGUUCUUCUUCUUUUUUUUUCUCGUUUUUGGUGAUCGAAAUAAAUAAAUUAUAGUGUGGGAAGUCUCGGAAAGCUACCGAAUGAAAUGGAUGUAUUAGGGCUAAUAGUGAAAAACAGCACAUUAAUUGGAACAACAAAUGGGAUUAGAAUCAAAACAUAUCCAGCUUCAGGUCCAAGCAGAGCUGCCGGAAUGUUGUUUAAGAAUAUCAUCAUGCAAAAUGUCAAGAACCCGAUUAUCAUCGACCAAAACUACGGCUCCGAUUCCACCAAGCCGUCGCUAGUGAGAAUAAGCGACGUGAUAUACGAUAAUAUACGAGGAACGACGAUAUCGCCGGUAGCGGUGAAUAUAGUGUGCAGCUCACAAGUGCCAUGCCAAAAUGUACACCUUCAGAAUAUAAAUCUGCAGCUAAAUGGGAAUCAAAAAACUACUUCCACUUGUGCUAAUGUCAAAUUAGGCUAUACUGGUCUUCAAUUUCCACCACCUUGUUAAUUUAUUAGCUUGUACCUUUUUUAUUUUAUGCUUCACCUGCUUGUACCUUGUUUUAUUUUUUUUAAUUCUAAAAAAAUGAAUUUGUUUUAUUUAUUUUGAUUAUUUGGAAACUUAGAAAAUAGGGAAGAAAUUAUUAAUCAGAGCGUUGUUUGGCUCAAUUAUGAUAUGUCUGAAAUUUGAGGAUUUUUAUUUUUUAUUGUUUAUAUAUUAGAAUGUUGUUU